AAUGUUGUGUGAAAAUCUGCUUGUUUUUGAAUGGCUAGUUUGAAUAAAUGAUGGCUUUUAAAGUAACGGUUUUCAAAAAUUCGAAGUUUCAUCUUUACGAGAUUUUUGUCUUUGUAAAAUUUUAAAAUUUCAAAAAGCCGUUAUUUUUUAAAAUCUAUUUCGCUCGUUAUUUAUCAAUUUCAUUUUGACAGUUAAAUUUUGAACAUAUUAUGACUGUUGUAUUUUUACACGUCUUUUCUAUAUCUUUACAUUUGCAAUUUAUUUCUAUAAAUAGAUCGGCAUCUUUUGUCAUGUUUGCUCAAUAGUUGAGCUACAUCACUUAAUCUGAUUUUUUUUCUCGAACUAAUUUGAUUGUUUUGUUGGUGUGUCGUAUAUCCUCAAAAUGCUCUCAGUUGUGUCGAAAGUCUCAUUCAGGUGACAUGUCGUGCUACAAUAUAAAAAAUUUAAUUUAUUUGACCUUACUCAAUCUUAUUAUCAAUUAUUAUUCAAAUGUCGAUGCUACGUCUCAUCGUCUGCAUCAAAAUGCAUAUCCUAUAAAGUAUAAUAUAAGAAUUAAGGUUCAUCCUGAAAAGAACAUUGAAUUAUAUGAAGCUCGAGUGAAAAUACAAAUUAAAAUUCAAGAGCCGAGUGACAAGAUCACAUUACAUUCUAAGGUUUUACAAUCAAUUACAAAUAUUACUGUACUUGAUGUCGAUUCCAAAAUAGCGCAUAAUGCAUCAUAUAAGUUUGAGAGUGAUAAAGACUUCCUGAUUGUGAAUCUGCCUUAUAAAAUGAAUAAAGAUAGUGAAAUAGUUUUGAAAUUUUAUUACAAUUCUACUUUAAAGCGUAUAGAUUCGAAUUCUAUUGUAAAAAGAGGGUUUAUGAUAACUAGCUAUAAAGAACCUGAUGGAAGGAAUGAAAGCAUGAUUUCUACUGGAUUUUCACCAUUUUAUGCUCGACAAUGCUUCCCAUGCUUUGAUGAGCCGUCAUUUAAAGCUCUAUUUAGAUUAGAAAUUGAGCAUCAUGAGCUUUACAAUGCUGUUUCUAACAUGCCAGUUGAGAGUCGAGUAAAUAUUAAAGGCAAUGACAACUUUGUAAGAACAAGAUUCGAAGUAACACCGAAAAUGUCGACUUAUCUAGUCGCCAUCUUUGUAUCAAAGCUUAAAGCCUAUCCAGUAAAGAAUUCUAGUGUGCCACAAACCGUGUAUGCAAGGAGCUCGAAAACAAAAAAUGAAUACUUGAAAUUCAUGAUUAAUAAUCUUGGGAAAAUCUUGCAAACAUUUGAAAACUUAUUUCAAAUGCCAUUCUCACUUCCUAAAUUGGACCAUCUUGUAGUGCCCAAUUAUUAUUCAGCUCUGGAAAAUUGGGGAGCAAUUGGAUACUCGGAAAAUUAUUUAAAUGAUAAGUUUAGCCAUAAAUAUUGGAAUAUCUCAGUUCUGUUCCAUGAAAUUGCACACCAUUACUUUGGAAACCUUGUGACUCCUAAAUGGUGGUCAUAUACAUGGUUAAAAGAAGGUUUUGCUGAGUUUUAUGAAUGUGAAGUGGAAGAGCUACUUUUCCCAAACUAUAAGAAUCAAUUAGAUUUUUCGGUAUAUUAUAAACAAAAUGAUGCAUUCGAAACAGAUUCAGUUGAAGAAACAAAAUCACUGAAUUUUUAUGAAGAGUCCCCAAUUAAAGUGCUUGAAAAAUUCGCUACAUUUACAUACCAUAAAGGAGCAAUGAUUAUACGAAUGUUCAAACAUGCCUUUGGCGCUGACACUUGGGAGAAAGGAAUUAGAUAUUACCUACAAAUCAAUCAGCAUAAUUCAACAGAGCCUAAGGAUUUACAUGUUGCUAUUCAAAAGGCUUAUGAUGAAGAUAAUCCAAAGAAUAGCUUGGAUAUAAGUAAAGUAAUGGAUUUAUGGGAAAAUCGAAAUGGAUUUCCAAAUAUCUCUGUUAGUUUAGUCAAUGGGAAUUUAAGAUUAACUCAAGAAAAUGAUUUUCAUCCUGAUCUGAUUUAUCAAGUUCCAAUAACUUACUCAACAUCCAGUGACCCUAAUUUCAAUAAUCUUUCAACAAAAUUCUGGAUGACAACAAGAACAAUUGAGAUUAAGAUCUUCAAAGAUGACUGGAUAAUCUUUAAUAACCAGCAGGUUGGAUAUUAUAAAGUUUAUUACGAUGAAAACCUUUGGAAUCGAAUAAUUGAUCAGUUUCUUGCUAAUCAUAGAGUCAUUAAUAUAAUCAAUAGAAUGACACUCAUCAAUGCACUUGCAGAAGCUGUUAAAUCAGAGAUGUUGGAUGCUACAUUUCUACUGAGGCUGUUUAAGUAUUUUAAGCACGAAGAUAAUAUAGAUAUCAUUAAAACAGCUGCUGAUCCUCUUUGGUACUUAUUUUCAAUCCAAACAUUAAAACCGACAAAUGAGUACAAUCAACUCAAAUCAGAGUUAAAGAUUACAUACACAAUUGCAUACGAAAAGAUCAAGCAUGAUGAAUUAUACGAGGCAAUUCAUAAUAUAGCAUGUCAUUUAAAUGUCAAAAGUUGCACGACUGAUGCUAUUAAUAAGAUGUUACUUGACUUUAAAAUUCACGGAAUAAAUAUUGAUCCUUUACAUUCCUAUUGUAAUGCCCUUCAACAUGCAAAUGAUUCAGUCGUGGAGAUGUUUUAUGACUUUAGAGAACCGAUCAUUGACAAACACGAAAAUCAUACAUUCUUUAGUGACAUAACCUGCAUACAGAAUCCAAAACUUUUUAAAAAGUCUUUAAAUAUUUUCUUUGAAAAUGAAAACCACAAAAAGUAUUUUAAAGAACCUCCAUACAUGGAUCCUGAAAAACUUUUUGCUGGCUGGACGAUGACAGAUGCAACAAGAGAAGGAUUUAUUAGCUUCCUAGAGACUAAUUUGAAGAAACUAGCAUCCGAAUCACCAGAGCUUUUCAGCGAUUUACUUUUUUAUGGACGGAAUACAUUUGAAAAUGAUUCGGAAAGGAAGCAACUAAGAAAAAUUAAGAAAAAUGCUCAAAAAAUAAACUCUAGAAUUAAUGAUGAAGACUUGAUAUGAUCUAGCAUCUGUAUUAUUUUAUAAGCAUCCAUAAACCUAUUGAAAUCUGUUCUUAUCGUUUAAAUCUGUGAAUUGUAACUUUCUUUUCCAACAGGAAGGUUUAAAGUUGC